UCUUCUCUCUAUAUAAAAUAAAACCCUCCUUUCUAUCGCUCUUCAUCCGGGUGCUUCUCUCCUCCCUUCUCUCCCCCGUUCAGAUUCGCAUUUCUUUUUAUUAAUUUUCUGAUCAUUGUUUAAGCAUGUUUCGUUAUUGAUGAUUUUCGUUUCUUGAAUAACAAGUUUCUGUGAUUCUUUCUUCUUCUUCUAUGAUUAUUAAUAGUAUCAUGUUCUUUUGUUUUGUGGAUUUCGGUCAUGAUAGUAUCGCAGAAAUUUCCACCUGCCCUGUUUUUCGUUGAUGCUUGAUUAAGUUCUAUUGGUGAAGAAUUAUAGUAGGAAAUAAUAGAAAUAGUAGUAGUAAUUUCAAUUGAGUAUAAUUUUUAAAAAUUUCUUCGUGUUUAAUUUCUAAUUAAAACUGGGAAUAUUUCUCAACGAGAGUUUUAUAUUUAUAUAGAGAGAGGCAAUUCAUUCAGAAAGGAAACACAAAAAGCCACCUCCUCCACUUUAAACAGCUAAAUCGCCACCACCACCGCAACAAAGUUCCGGGACUACCGUCUAAACGACGUCGCUUACAACACCGAUAUCUUCCCCCUCUCAAGCCUCCCACUCCAUAGACAGCUCUCGCUUCAUAAUGCGACACCAGGACCUAAUAAACCGAAGCGCACUCUGCCUCGCGCGCCUCCGUGAAGUAACCGUCGAAAUGGAGUGUCUCCGCCAGGACAACGCCGAUCUUCGAUCUAUCAAUCGCGAGCUCAACAAUCAACUCAGCGUCCUUAUCCAAGCCUCACUCCAUAAACACUACAACGACUCUGCAAGGACGCCGUUUGACAUUGAUAUUGGUUUCCACAAUUUGUGCAACAUCAGCAGCGGAGGAGGUGGAGGUCAUGACAUGUGCGAAGAGGAUGAAAGUCCGACGAGCGUCAUGGAGGCAGGGGGCGAUGAACGGGAGAGGAUUUCGCUGCCUAAGAGUAUUUCAGUGAGGUCUAAUAGCUACUCGAAGAGGAACCAGGAGCAGGCGGCUAGUGCUAGCGUGACUAGGGCCAUCACUCGGCCGAGAACACCAACUCCACUCAACACCGCGAAAGUUUAUGUGCGUAGAGACAAGAAACAGGAGGAGCCACUUGAGCUGGAAGUGUAUAACCAAGGCAUGUUCAAAACAGAGUUGUGCAACAAGUGGCAGGAGACAGGGGCUUGCCUAUACGGCAACCAUUGCCAGUUUGCUCAUGGAAUUGAGGAGCUCCGCCCAGUCAUCCGUCACCCUCGCUACAAGACUGAGGUCUGCAAAAUGGUCCUUGCUGGUGGUAUCUGUCCUUAUGGCCAUCGCUGUCACUUCCGCCAUGCCCUCACUGAGCAGGACAGGUUCCUUAGCCACAUCAAGCCCAGGGAAAUCAAGCCUGACAGGGAGGAUAUCAGGUUAACGUUUGACAAGGGUCCUAUGCUGGAAGGGGAUUGGCGAGUAUAACCUUGGCACUUAACACAAAGCAGCAUCGAGAUAAACCAGCUCACUGGAAGGGGAUUGGCGAGUAUAACCUUGGCACUUCACACAAAGCAGCAUCGAGAUAAACCAGCUCACUGGAAAAUUAUUGACAAGCUCUUCCCUGAUUUUAAUUCCAACUUGCGGGUUCUUUGAAAGAAGCAAGAAGAACCAAGAGAGAGUUACACAGGUUGUCUCACAUGCUGCAAACUUGAAACCAAUAAUACUGUCUCUCACAACUUCAUCAGAGUGUUUUGUUUCAAAAACUUCAUGUUCAGUCAGGAAAAACAUCGUAAUGAGUCAAGCUACUCUCUUCAUCUUUCUUUGUCGUGGCUCUUGUAUUCGGUUCUUCUCUCUUGGCCAACAUAUAUAUAUUUUGCUACAAUUCGAUGUAUGUACAGUUUACUUGGAAAGUCCUAGUUUCUUCUCAUU